GUCCAAAGUACUAGUUAGCAAAGAAACAUUUAGUUUCAGUUUGCUUUGUUUUUUGUGUCGAUGUGUUGACAAGUUUUUCCAUUUAAAUAUUUCAUCCAAAUUUUGUGCAAAGAAAGGGGGGCGCGAUAAGCGCUGCCAGCAGUCCAAUCCAAAAACUUAAAUCAGACCAAGUCAAGAGUAAUGAUCUGUGGACACUUUUUGAAACCUUAAACGGAGACACCAAAAACAAGUCAAUGCAUUGCUGAAAACUAUUUUCUACAGAAUUAUCGACUACUCUACAUUUUUUUUGCAAUAAAAGGACUAGUUUGAGGUUCAUCAUGUCGGACCCUGUUGCACCAUCCUGGGCCUCAGUUGUAAUACAUGGCAUGCCGCAGCAUGGUUCGGAACAAAGAUCCACACCAUCAGGAGACAGUGGAACAACGCCUUCGGCACAUGCCUUUACGACAGAGAAGCAGCCAGGUAGUCAACCACUCGGUUCGAAUAUGGCACAGAAGUUCCAUUCAUGCAGACGGACACAGAUAAAAUCCACACCACAAAAUAGCUCGCCACCACUGCCCCCUCAUAAUGUCAAUCCGUUUGUUUAUGAGUUUCAGCCGCAUCCAUUCGUAGUCGGACCAAUGCCCAGCGACGUUUCCUUGAUGCAAGGAGCCAAUUUCAUGCAGUUUUAUCCCCAUCCACAGUCCCAAUUCCAGCAGGCACCGAUCCCACCAAGCAAUGCUAUACCGCUUCCGCCACCACCCGGAUUUGAGAGCCAGCUCAUGCAACUUUGGACACGACCGGCCAGGCGGCGCUCCCGCCAUUUCGUGGAGAUACCUCGAAAGGUGCGCGCGGACGGCUCGAGCCCUGCGACAGCAAUCCAAACAGAUACCGAUCCAGAGGAAUAUCUGCACAAUGUGGGGCGAUCCGAAUCGGUGCGUGAGCUCCAGUUCCUGGGACCACCGAUGGAGCCGCUGCCUGAAGAGUUGCCGCAGUUCCCAUUAUCACAAGAUCCGACGGGGAAGCAGCAACAUAUCCUGCCUGGUGCACCGCAUGGUCAGCACAAGGAGCAGCAAUUUGCAGUUGUGAGAACCAUGGUGCCAAUCUACUAUCGCGUGGCCGUGCCCGUGCCUAUGACUAUGCAACAGGUGCAUCAACACCACCACCACCAACAACAACAACAACAGCACCUACAUCAGUUGUCGCAGCAGCAGCAACAGUUUUCAGCGCAGUUCGCCAACAACGAACAGCAACUGUUGCAUCAGCUGGAGCAACAGAAGCUGCAGCAGCAACACCUCCAGCAACCAGUGCCCCCACCAUUGCACAAUACACAGCAAUACCUAUACGAAGAAGAAGAGCAGGCUCAACGCCAGGGUUUCGAGACGGCGACGCUUAACAUAGAGCCUAGUUCGCCAAUGGUGGACCAACAGGAGUCCGUCAUGAAUUCACAUUCACAACAACAGAUGUAUCUGGAGCAGCCGGUGCCACCACAUCCAAGGACAAACACAAUGCCAUCGCAGCAGCAACAAGAAGAUUACCUAGAAUUUCCCCCCAAUAACCGGAUGGUCAUCAAUAGGGUAUCCAUGGAUUCGCGAUUCGCUCGGGUCUCACCUCGCGCCGGUGCUCCUUCUGGUCGGGUGUUUUCAAGCGCACGCACCGAAAAUAGUAACUUGCCAGCCCUGUUCGAUGGGUUGCCGCCUCAGCUUCGGAACGAGGAUGGAACAUCGCACGAAGCCGUGGAAUGGGUACCAUUAGCCAAUACCCGUCAAGUGUGGGACCCGCUGGGCACAUCUAAUCGUCGAGGCUGGGAUCCGACGCAUCCACUGCCUCCACCACCGCCAGGUUUUGAGCAUGUCGAGCACGAUAUAGACCGCUAUGAAAGCGGAGGACGACCAGACUAUGUGGCCACCGAAGGCAAGCGAUCUCUGUCAACGCGAGCACGGAAGCUGAUGGGUGAGAAUGUGAAGGUUGGGCCCCACACCGACUACCCUACACCCGCGCCCAUAUCGGGGCCCGAAAUGAUGCUACGUGAGCAGCAGCACUUCAUAGCUAGUUGUGACACCCACUUGACCUGCCAUCUGGCCCAGUUGUCGGUGACAAAUGGCACCACCGGCGACGGAUAUUUCGUAAUUCCCAUUGGACGGCCCGAGGUGCCGAAGUUGGGUGCAGCCGUUGUGCAACAGCCGCACAAGUCUAUCUUCGAUCCUGGUGUGACUUAUUGGGAUCUAUUGGGACGCAACAAAGUAAAUGAGGACGAGAUUGAGUCGAAAUCAUAGCAGACCGAGGAGCCAUGGGAGCCUCGGAUAGAAGAGCACAGCAAUGAAUCAGCAAAAGGACAAGUGAAUAGUUCAAUAUUAGAGCCGUCGGAAAGUGUGGAUCCAAGAUCUACGACCGCCACUGACCCCAUCCCAUCGUGGAGAGCGAGAAAGUAGAAUGAAAUUACUGUGAGGGACUGAAAGAACAAGCUAACUUUGAAACCAUUUCUUAUAUGUAGAAAAUUUGCAGUAGCAUCGCUUCUUUAAAUAAAUCAAAUGCUCGAAAAUAUUCUAAA